AAUUCUGCCAGAUUUUUUUUUACGCUUCCCACCUUUUUUUUUUUUUUAUUUUGCUCUUAUUUUACAGCCACCCUCAGCUUUUUCGGUACUCGGCGCCUUUUUCACUUUUUAAAAUUUUUAUCUGCUCUUCGUAUAUAAUGCGGUGGAUCUCCGUGUAUUUUUCCCGACCUGGUUUUUCUUCCGAGAUUGACUUCACGAACAGCAUCAUCCUCUGUUGUUUGUUUUCUGGAUGCUUUCGAUGGAUAUGGAUUAAUUUAAAAGCCGUAUAAAUGCACCUGCCGUCGGAGAGACACUCGGCUUUUAAAAUCGCAGAGGUGUGUGUGCCCUGGGUGCAGCCUGGCCUGUGCUGUGGAUGUGAUGAAGAACCCAGGAGCUGCGGAGAGCCGUCGGCUGGACGGCCUGCUGGAGGCCGCUCUGGUCCGAGAGGCUCGCCUCUGGAAGGUACCAGUCUUCAAGAAUGGAUGCAUCCAGGGCGCUGACAUCUCUUCAUCCCAACACCAAGAAAUGAUCCUUUGGCUUGGAGAAAUGAACAGGCUGUUUCAUUUCUGUCCAGAGACCUUUGCACUGGGAGUGUGUGUCCUCAACCGUCUGCUGUCUACUGUGAAGGCUCAAACAAAGUACCUGAAAUGCAUCGCUUUUACCUCACUGGUUCUGGCUGCCAAAAUCAACGAGGAAGAUGAGGUUAUAGGCUCUGUUAAAGACCUGGUUGUGCAGAGUGGAUGCAACUUUUCAACAGCGGAGAUUCUUCGCAUGGAGAGGAUCAUUCUAGACAAGCUGCACUGGGACUUGUACACCGCAACACCCAUCGACUUCGUUCACAUAGUAAGAGAGAAUUCAGCAGAUUGACAAGCAGACAGAAUUUUUUUUUUUUUUUUCUUUUUUGUAAUCUGGACCUGAACUCGAAAUGCUUCAUGAAUUCAGGUCCUGGUCUUGCAUAAAAACACAAGUGGUACAAAAGCGCACAUAAAACUGUCAUGCUUGCAUCAUGUUUGCUUCAAGAUGGCAUUCACAAACCCUCAGACCUUCACCUCCCCCUAAAGUAAAGAAUUGGUCCUCGUAGUGAUUGUGCAUUUAUUUGAUAUGACUCAAUGUGCCUACAGUUAUAUAUAUUAAUAUAACAAACUCCAUUCAGUUGAUAAAGAAAUCCUGCAUUUCACUAAAAGCAUAUCUGGAAGGCUGGAUUGUGUUUUUCAUCAUGCCACUUUUUAGAAAUAAGAUUUUAUUUCUUUAUUUUUAAUGAGCAAAUGCAGAUUUUAAGUAAAUCCUCCAAAUAUUUAAACCAGACAUUUUUUUUUCACUUUCCUUCUAAUUCAUUGGCAAAGAUGACAUUUAGUGAUUCAUAGACAAUUAAAUUUGUCCAUUGCAGAGUAAACAGAUGAAAUAAUUCAACUUGGAAUUAAACUUGACAUUAAAAUAAAGCUUUAGUGCCACUUUGUGAUCUAAAGAUUUGACUUGCAGUCUCCAUAGUGGACAAAAUCAAGUUUUUGUGUUUUUUAAGUAAAUACAUCAAGCGUUAUGAGGCUUCUCUAACACAGAAGGCUGCAUGUGCAAGCUGCAAGCAAAGUAACAUACGUUGCAUAUCAGGCCAAGGCACUUCUGACUAACCCUGCAGCCUCGCUGUGGAGACCUAAAAGAUGAGCGGCCAGGAGGGUAUAAAGAUCAAGGAUCUCUAAAAUUAUAUCAGGGGUAACCGCUCAAAAGCUUCGUGUUGUGUUUACGGCUUGGAUCUGUGGCACUACUUGUUAAAUCUUCCCAAGUCAUUGCCUGAGGAGGUAACAACUCUGAACUGUCAACAAACACACACACACACACACAUUAUUUGGAUCCCCCCUCGUGCAGUUGGGCCUCGGGCUGUAUUCAUAAUGCUUUUAAGUGAAAGUCAAAGAGCAAAAAUUCACGGGACUGAGGUCAACGUCUCGUCUGUGAAGGUGCUCUAAAGAAAAAUUUUUUAUCCAUGUGAUAGAAAUAAAGCGGGUUGUAGGCCAGAAGCUGGAAGCUUUAUGAAUACAGCCUUGACAAAUGGUUAAACUGAAUUCAGCCACAUGCUUUACGAGUUUUACCUACAACUCGUGAUGCACCCUUUCAAAUGCUUCUGACUUUGUAGAAAAGUUAAAUUUUGUUUUGUUUUUUUUGUCUUCUCAUGGAUUCUGACUCUGUCUCAACCCACACCUCAACGACCACCAACAUUCCCAACAAAUGUAUAUAACAGCGUUGUGAUUCUGAGAGCAGUGUCGGACUUCUUCUUAAAGCCACCAACCAUAAACUGUCCCCCCCAAAAAAGCAGUUUGGCACAUUCAGGCUGAAUCCCCACUAAACUUAGAAGAAAAAAAAAUUGUCACUUCCCCUCCAGGCUGAUAUUUAUGUCACAGGUUUACCGAGUGCAGUUCUUAUUGUGGAUCUGUUAUUGUCCUAGCGCUCGACUUUUCAGGUAUUACAAAAUCCAAGACUUUUAAAAUAAAGACAUGAUGUAUUAAUAAAAACUAUAAUAAAAUAAAGACAUUUUCUCUCUUUGUACUAUUCAAAUAAAUACUUUAACUAUACUUUUAAGUAUGUCACAAUUACAUUCCCCCGGCCCUGAAGAAGUUUCCCUUCACUAAAUAAAACUGUAUUCUACCGUUGUCUACAAAACGACUAACAAUAGACUCUAUCGAUUAAUUUGUCACAGACGCUCCACCAUGACACUUUGAUAUGAAUAAAUAAGAGGAUUUACAGAGUUUUCUUCGUGUUACCUCUCGUCGUUCUUCAACAUCCAUGUGAAACUCUUGGAGAAGCACAAUCAGCUGUGUGACGCUAAAAACCAUCUUUACUGCUACAUUACCCUGAAAAGGACUCCAGAAAGAAGUGUAGUGGUGGGGGAGGAACUCUAGAAAUUAUAUUGUGACUUUAGCGCCACACCGCUGAAUCUGCAGCUCCAGGAACAUCCCACUUUCUUUAAAUCCCAUGGCUUAUAUUUGCUACAGCGUAAAAGACGAAAUAAAGCAGAUGAACCAAACGCUAUGUGACUAAAUGAAUGACGGGGUCUGAAACAAAAGCUGGAUGAAUGCAUUCCUAUUUUUUGAUUCUCGGGAUGUUCAUCUAAACCAAAAGACUGAGCCAGCUUAUUCAGCCUGUACUCACUGGUUUUAGUGAAGCAGAUUAAUUUAGUUUAUGUUGCUAUUUGGAAAAACUGAAACCACCUUCUUUUUCCACUGAGCCCCAACUCAGGUUUGUCAGUUACCUCCCACAAACGGUAACACAGAAAAGCACUGCACGUACAAUACGAUACAAACGAGAUUACAAUAAGCAGUCGGACAAAGAGGAGGGGGGUUUGGCGGGCUUCAUUAGCAAAACCUGCACUGCUAGAGCUUCAGGUUUGGACCUCUACACUCACCUUUGAUGAAGAGUGGAUGAUCAAUCGGCAGAUUGAUCACGUCUUUGUUGGUGAGAAAUUUGAGUAAAAGGGAUGAAUGAUGUGCAGUUAAAUGCACUAGUAUACUUGAUAUAAAUCUAGCAGGUUAGGAGUGGGCGAUGGGUGGACAGACGAUGAGAUAACAAUGACAUCGUUAUGCUAACAUUUUGGUCUCGAUUAUGUUCUUUCCUCCCGUUGGUCCAUCCUAGUUCCACGC